AUGAUUCGUUUUACUCGUACAACAGCGGAUGCUUCUGAAAAUUCUUCUAUUGUUAUUGAAGAUAAUAAAGAUGAAAAUGAUUAUCUUACUCGACAAGUUAUCAAGGAUCACAUUCGUCCAGCAAACGUAAUUGGCCUUAUUAAAACAAAAUUAAUAACAACAAAAAAAUCGUUGGAAAAAACCGUAAUGAAUACUAGUAUAACAGGUGAUGAAAUUCUAAGAUCAAAUUCAGUGAUUCAAGAAGGGAUGAAUGGUAACGUAAAAAAGUUACCUUCGACAUUAUCAUUAGAACAAAAUGGUAUUGAUCAACAAAUAAAACCACUAAAAUUUCUUCAACAUUCUUCAUCCUCGGCAUCAUUGUACACCCAAGCAACACAACCAUCAACACCGAUACUCACAACAACAUCAAUACAAACACUUUCUCAAAAUACUCCAACAAAUGAGAGUGAUAAUUAUCAUGAGAAUAAAAUUGCUGCCAGUGCAUCGGAUUCUGUAUCGAAUGCUCGAUCAUUCACAACGAAUCCUUUAGAUCGAAAACAAGAACUUCUUCAUAUACCUCCUUCUACGGAUAGUGAUAAUAAUAAUGAUCGUGAACAACAAUUAUCCCAAAUAAUACAAAAACGAAAAGCAAGUUCAGUGCGACAUCGUCGUCGAUCAAAAUCAUGGACAGAUCAUCUCCAACAACAGAAACAUAAUUUAAAACCGCAACUGGAAACUACAACAUCAUUUAAACGAACAAAAUCUGCUCGACAUUCCAGUAAGAAACAUAUCAGUCGAAAACCCCCAGUGGCAAGUCCAGCACGUCGUCGUCGCCAUUCGAGUCAUCGUUUACAAAGUGUCUCCUAUCAUAAAUAUCCUGUCCAAUCAGUAUCCUUUCGUGAAUCUCAAAAGCAAGAAGAAGAAGAUGAAGAAGAACAACAAUUGAUAUCGGUACAAUCCUUACCAUUACAUCGUAAAGCAUCAAAACAAAUAACAUGUGCUAUAAGAAAUUGGCCAUUUCAAGCCACUUAUCGACAACGAAGCGAAGAAUUUAAACGAAUAUUUAAAGAUUUACCUAAUGAUGAACGACUUAUUGUUGAUUAUUCUUGUGCAUGGCAAAAAGAAAUAUUAAUUCAAGGACGAAUGUUUUUAUCACAAAAUUAUUUUUGUUUUCAUGCAAACUUUUUAAAAUGGGAAACGAAUUUAUGUAUUCGAUGUAAAGACAUCGUUUCAUUGACAAAAGAAAAAACAGCCAAAGUCAUACCAAAUGCCAUUGAAAUACGAAACAACAAACAAGAACGAUAUUUUUUUGCAAGUUUUGCGGCAAGAGAUAAAACAUACAUGAUGAUAUUUAGAAUAUGGCAAAAUGCAUUAUUAGAUCAACCAUUAUCAUCUCAACAAUUAUGGGCUAUGGUGCAUGAGAGUUAUGGUGAUUAUUUAGAUAUGACAACUGAUGAAGAAGAUAACUAUCAUCUUGUACGACUAUCGACAACCAAUGCGCAAUCAUCGUCAAAUAAACAGAAUAAAUCGGACGAUAAUCAGAGUUUAUCGAAUGGAACAAAUGAAAAAGCUGGUGGUAGAAAUUAUGACAAAUACGAUAAUCCCAAUUCAUCAUUGUAUUCUCAAGAUAUAACUGAUGAUCGUGAAAAUGAUGAAGAUAAUCAAGAAGAUGUCUCAAAUACAAAUACUUUAGUUCGACAAUCGCCACCAUUUCAACAACAACAACAACAAACAGAUAUGGUUGAAGAAAAAUAUAACAAUCAAACGACUACAUCUACUUUAUCAUCACAAGAUAAUCCAUUAUCUAGUUCACCAACAGCUGAUAUUGUCUAUUUGACACAAUGUCCAUGUGAAACUCAUUUAGCGACUAAUUUAAUUGAACGUACAUAUCAAAUAUCUGUAGAAAAAUUAUUUGAUUAUAUAUUUGGUGAUAAUGAUUUAAUCAUUGCUUAUAGACAAGCACGAAGAAUAAAAGAUUAUCAAGCAACUGAUUGGCAAAUAAAUCGUGAAACAAAUAAACGUGAACGACAAUUAACCUAUAAAGUAUCGGUAGCUGCUGUUUUAGGCAGUAAUACAAUAUUUAGUACAGAAAAACAGAUAAUUGAAAAUGAAAAAUUGAAUUCACAUUAUAUUGUGAAUACAGAAGUACAUAAUGAAGGUAUUAAAUAUGCGGAUACAUUUUAUGUUGCAUCAACCUAUUGUCUAGUACAAAUUGGACACAAUAAAUCAACGUUAAGAGUCACCUGUGAAGUACGAUAUGUUAAAAGUUUAAUGAUUCUUAUUAAAUCAUUUAUUGAAAAAAAUGCCAUGGCUGCAUUACAAGAUUCAUUUCAAGAUUUGAUGAAACGAAUUGAUAAUGAAUCAUCUCGUCCUCGUGCUGGUUCGAACAGUGUUCAACGUUCAAAAAAACAAGAUAAACCAUCGUCAAGAAAACAACAAGCACCCUUAUUACCACAAUUGAUAACUGAUCAACAACAAAAUCAAAAUAAACAAAUUGAUUCUCGACAACAGCCAAAAUUGUUACCAUCAUCUCCAUCUUCUACAUCUAUUCAAUCUCCAUCAUCAUUAGGCACAAAAUAUCAUUCACAAACAUUAACGACACAUUGGUUAUCAAAUGAGAAAAUAAUGCCGUUUUUUGUUAUUACGUUGAUUUUAUUAUUAAUUGUUAAUGUAUUUUUAUGUUUUAAAUUAAAUCAAAUUGAUACAAUGGCAGAUCGAUUAGUACAAAAUUAUCCACUGUGGCUUAGAGGAGAACCUUUUCCGCAACAAAAUUCUGAAUGGAACACGUUAUUACAGAGACAAGAACAAUUUUAUCAAACACAAUUAACAGGAUUAAGAUCAGUAUUAAUAACUACACAUCAUGCACUAAAAAAUGUUACCGAUGCACUACAAGAGUUAACUAAAGUGAGUGUUCUAAUUGGUGAUCACAGUCAACAUCGACCAAAUUCCUGA